AUGAAUAUCCAGAGGCAAAGAAGCCAGAGAGCCCAGAGAGAGCAAGAAGCAAGGAACCGGACGAUCCACAGAACAGUGAACCAAGAGCAGAGCCAAGACGCCAGAGAGCCAGAAGAAAGCGAGAGUAAAGAACCAAAGAGAGUCAAGAGCCAAGAGCCAGAAGAGAGUCAAGAGCCAAGAGUCAAAGUGCCAGGGAACCAAAAGGCCAUUAGUGUGUCAGGGAGCCAGGAGAGCCAGGGUGAGAAGAUCCAGAGAAAGCGAGAGCAAGAACCAAAGAUAAUCAAGAACCAAGAGUCAGGGAGCCAGAGAGCCAGAGAAAGCGAGAGCAAGAACCAGAGAGAGUCAAGAGCCAAGAGCCACAGUGCCAGAGAUCGAGAGUGCCAGAAAUCCAGAGAAAGCGAGAGCAAAGAAUCCACAAGAAACAAGAGCCAACAGCCACGAAUACUAGAUGCCACAGACCAUGUCACAAGGGAAGAGGAGGUCACUGGAUUCCACAGACAAGGUCACGAAAAGAUGAAGAGGUCACUAGAUUCCACAGACGAGGUCAUAAAGGAAGAGGAGGUUGCAGGGAUGAAGAGGGAAACAGAGCAAGAGGAGAAUAUAUAG